UGUUUUAAUGUGCGUCACAUGAAGGAGCCUAAAAUGAAAGUUUCCUACAUCAAUGAAUCAGAGCAGGUUUAGAGGGUGGAAUGAGAGCGUGUGGAGAGGGUGUGUGACUUUGUUGAGAGCAGUGUUUUGGUCAGGCAGUAGUAGGUGGACGGGGGGAGGACCCGUGAAGUCUGCGCUGGCCGGGAAGUUAGACGGAGGAAAAGUUGGAUCAAGUUUUGUGGCACAGAGGUGGAAACUCGCCGCGAGAAGACCCACGGUCGGUCAGCUGCAGCAGCCCGGACCGCGGAGGAAGAUGGCGCGGCGCUGCGGCCGUGCCACGUCUCGGUUUACUCAUGAAAUAGAAAAAUGUCCCAUAAAGAUAUCAAUAUGUGCGGUUUGGAUGUGUUUCUGUCUUAUUUUCCCAUCCGCCGCGGAGGCUGGACUCUACUCCGCUUCUGACCAAGUCAUCUUGUUGAGUAAAGAAAAUGCGGCGCAAGUUUUAGUGAACUCCUCAGCAGCUUUUGUUGUGGAGUUUUACGCUUCGUGGUGUGGACACUGUGUCGCUUUUUCUCCGGUUUACAAAAGUCUGGCUCGAGACAUCAAAGAGUGGAAGCCUGCUGUGGAUUUAGUUGCAAUAGACUGUGCAGACAGGGCGAACAUGAAGGUCUGCACCGAUUUUGGAAUAACAGGGUAUCCCACUAUAAAGUUCUUCCAUGCUUAUUCAAAGCCUGGAGCAACAGGACAGCCCAUAAGAGGUUUUCAUCGAGAUGUUAUGUGGCUUCGUCACAAGAUCAUAGACAAACUAGAAACCCACGAGGAGCCGUGGCCCCCGGCCUGCCCCCCACUGGAGCCCACCAGCCAAGCAGAGCUCGACAGCUUCUUUGAGACCAACAAUGUUCAACAUCUUGCUCUGAUCUUUGAAGAGAGUGGUUCCUACGUCGGCAGAGAGGUAACUCUGGACCUGUUGCAGUUUGAAGACAUUGCAGUGCGGAGAGUCCAGAGCACCGAGGAGGCUCUGGUGACCAAACUGGGUGUGACUGAGUUUCCAUCCUGCUACCUUUACUAUCCUGGAGGAAACUUCACAAGACUCAAAGUCAACAUCGAGGCCCGUCAUUUCUACUCUUACGCCCUCCAGAGGCUGCCAGGGGUGGUGCGAUCAGGAAAGCCUCCACCGGUCAUCAAAGACGUCCACAUCAACAGCACCGAGGAGCCCUGGAGACUCUUCAACAAGUCCAGGGUGUACAUGGGAGACCUGGAGUCUGCGCUGCACUACUCUCUGCGUAUGGAGCUGUCUGCUCAUCCUGUCUUCAGAGGACAGACCCUGACUGCUCUGAAGAUGUACAUCUCUGUGCUAGUUAAGUACUUUCCAGGCCGUCCAAUUUUGAUGAACCUUCUAAAAAAUGUGGAGACUUGGUUGAAGCAAUCAGAUGAGGAGAUUUCCUAUGACGCAUUUCGAGAGAUACUGGAUAACAAAGCACAGUCUCCAGACGCAGCUUUGCCUGAUGGCGUGCGGUGGGUGGGCUGUCAGAGUUCACAACCCCACCUGAGACGUUACCCAUGUGGGAUGUGGACUCUCUUCCAUGUUCUUACUGUUCAGGCCAAGAACACUGGAAGCAGAGAUUCUCAGGAGGUGCUGAAUGCAAUGAGAAACUAUGUCCACCACUUCUUUGGCUGCAGGCCUUGUGCAGAGCACUUUGAGAACAUGGCGAAGGAGAGUAUGACCGAGGUGAACACGUUGACGUCAGCGGUCCUGUGGCUUUGGUCAAGACACAAUCGUGUCAACAACAGACUAGCAGGGGCUCUGAGUGAAGAUCCUGACUUCCCAAAGAUCCAGUGGCCAUCGCCAGAAAUGUGUCCAUCCUGCCACAUGGUGAGGGAUAAUGGGGAGCACAGAUGGAACUACGAGAAGGUUCUUUCUUUCCUCCUGUCCUACUUCUCAUCCAGCAGUAUCGUCACAGAUUACCUGGAGAGUGAGAGUCAGAUCCUGGAGAAACAAAGGCAGAAACAUGUCAUGCAGCAGCAGGCUCUUGAGACUCAUGAGAGAAAAGCCAGGGAGGCUGUGGACUCCAUCUCACAGCCUCCGCCAUCAGAACCUGCCAUGCAGGAAGAGGAAGAAGAGGAGGAAGAGGGGCCUCAGGAUGAAGUAUUGGCUGAUAUGGAGGAGGAAGGUAGAGAAGCAGCAAUGAUGGAGGCUAAGCCAACGCCCUGGUCCAAACCCGAAAUGAACGAGGGUCUAGGUCGGCGGCGAACUGGGAAGCCAAGCAUUGUGGGGAUGAGGAUGCGAGAGCUGCCACAGGACAUCGUGGACCUGGACUCUUUUGUCAACCAGCACUACAAAGUCACGGCUCUGGAGAUGGCGGCUGCAAGGGUCAAACAACGUAGUCUGCAGAGAAAGGAGGAGCAGGAGCCACGGCUGGUGUUCAGGCUCGGCAUUGAGCUAGACGCUGGGGUCGGGAUGGUCGGUCUGCAGCCGAUAGAUGCAAACUUUAAGCAGAGAAAGCAGCUACAGAAGCGAGAACUGACAGGCAGGUACUUUGAGGAGGAGGCUGAGUUCAACCAAAAGGGACACUGGAUGAUGUCGGUAUUUAGCAUCGGAUUCUCCAAGCUGGACAUCAGCCUGUGUGUCAUUCUUUAUUUCCUGUCCUGCAUGUGUCUUUUGGCCAUGUACCUUUACUUCAAAAACUGUCUCAGGCUACGGCGAGUAAAAGUAGCCUUGCCCUGAACCAAAGUGAAUCCAAAUUUGACCUGCGAGUGCAGUGAUUAACUAUCAUUAGGGUCAUGUAAGCUAAGAUUCAGGUUAAGGGGAUGUGUCAAGAUUAGUGCCAUCUUUGUAGGUCCACUUAACUGUUACCUGCAGCCAGAGUAGAAGGCAGGGUGUUUGAGCCUGAAUUUUGCAGAUGUGUGUCUGACUGAAGAGGAGGAGGGAAAAUGUAAGGAAUGACUUCAAAUCUUUAAGAAUCAGGUAUUCAGCCUUACUGUAAAUCUGGCCUCAGUUUUAGACAACAGAUGAACUUUAGGGGGUAUCACUGGAGUUACAUUAAUUAAGCUUUUGAUUUUGUUUGACCACUUAUGAAGGAUUAAACCAAACAAGACAUAAACAAAGGUUUUAUUUGUAUGAAGUUAAUGCAUUUAAAGUGUUUUUUUGCUUUACUGACAUUAAUGUUUUUCGUAGGAGACGUGAUUUCCUUUCCUUUUUUAAUUUCUCAUAUGGAAGGACGAAGACCUCUACUACUAAUACUCUGUGUGCUAUGACCAAAAAGUUAUAAUUUAAAUUCAGUUUACUUUAAAGUUACACUCAAAGUAUCUCAAUCACAUAGAUGAUUAGGUAGAGAUUAGAGACUGAUUUUUUUCUGUUGUAUCUUAAAUCACAGAUGGACAUUUUUGCUGCAGUUUGGUGUUUUUGAGUCUCAUAUUUUCGUGUUUAAUUUAGUAAUCAGAUAGUUUGACAAAGGUAGCACCGGUCCCUGAAUUAUUUGUGUUUUGUUUUUUGAAUCUGUCGGAGAGAGACAGCUGGAUGCUUAUGUUGAAUACUGUGAUUGGACAGGUAGUUCCACACCCUCCUGAGAGGAGCAGAUCUCUGUCUUUAGGCUCCCCCCAAAAACUACACUGAGCGUUAUGUGACAUCUGUGAAUAUGACAUCAAACUGCUGAGUCCACGAAAAACACAAAGCUACUCUGGUUCUUUUGAGAAGUGCUGUGGAGCGACACAAAGAUCACACUGGACCAGGCUUUAGAAUGAUAUCAGUAACACAAUAUAAAGUCUGAGGAUUAACAAUCUCACUAACUGAUUUUCUGUUUGCUUCUUUGCUUCUGUCUGAAUCAAUAAAAUUAUUUUUGAUAAGGA